AUGGCUUACUUACGAUUACCAAAAUAUCUGGAAACUAAGUUUGGACACUCCGAUAAAACCCAACAAUGGUUUUAUGAAGAUAUUCGUGAAAAACCAUUAUAUCACGCUUUAAAACAACCGAAGAUCGUUGGGGUGGCGAAAAAAAUAAGCUACAUCCCAACACCAGCCUACAUGGUUUACUUGAAGAGAGUCGGAACAGUUAAAACGAGAAAAGUCUAUAAAGAGAUCGACGACGUCGUUUUGGACUCCCUCAAAGCAACCAGGAACACGUUUCUGCACGCCAGACCGUCACUCAAGCAAAAAUAUAUUGUUCUAGAUCUGCUGGAACGAUAUAAAAAUGACGGAGAAGUUUUCUACAACUUAAAAGCUCUGGAGAAGGCAAAAUUCCCUUUUUUAUUUCAAUACAAACAUGAAAAAUAUGAAUAA